AUGAUGCAGCCGAGACUUGUGAUUUUGGGUCUGAUCGGAUUGACGGUGGUGGGCAUGUGCCACGCCCAGGGACGCAUUAUGGGCGGGGAUGACGCAGACGCCACAGCCACCACCUACGCCGCCUCCUUGCGGGUGGACAAUGCCCAUGUGUGCGGCGCUAGCAUUCUCUCCCAGACCAAGAUCCUGACCACCGCCCACUGCGUGCAUCGCGAUGGAAAGCUAAUCGAUGCCAGUCGCCUUUCCUGCCGCGUGGGCAGUACCAACCAGUAUGCCGGUGGCAAGAUUGUCAGCGUGGAGUCGGUGGCAGUGCAUCCGGACUACUAUAACCUGAACAACAACCUGGCCGUGAUCACGUUGAGCUCUGCGCUAACCUACACCGAUCGGAUCACUGCCAUCCCGGUGGUCGCCAGCGGAGAGGCUCUGCCCGUCGAGGGAUCGGAGGUGAGCGUGGCCGGCUGGGGACGCACCACUGACGGCACCAACUCCUACAAGAUCCGUGAGAUAUCGCUCAAGGUGGCCCCGGAGGCGACCUGCCUGGAUGCGUACAGCGAUCACGGCGAGCAGAGCUUCUGCCUCGCCCACGAGCUGAAGGAGGGCACCUGCCACGGAGACGGCGGCGGUGGUGCCGUCUACGGCGACAAGUUGAUCGGACUGACCAACUUUGUGGUGGGUGCCUGCGGCUCCCGCUAUCCGGAUGUCUUUGUGCGACUCUCCAGCUACGCGGAUUGGAUCCAGGAGCAGAUCGCCUAGGUCAUACCCACCCGUUUUUCCUUCACAUAGCUAGUUCAAAAUAGAAACUUUUACCCAAACUCAAAGCGGGCAAAAUGA